AUGGCAGUCGAGGUCAUGCCAGUGGAGAUAGCGGCGAUGAUCAACAAUGGUGACGAUGGCAUUCGCACCGGAUUGAUGGUUGAGGCGGACCCAACCAACGAAGCCACCGUGUUCGCCAGCGGCGUGCACGGCGCGUACAACACCUACCAGGCCAAGGCGCACGUGGGCGAAGACACCUGGUUCGUGGGGCUGCGGCGGCGCACGGGGAUGCCCAAGCCGGGUCCGCUCACGCGGCCCGAGCAGAAGGCGGCGCGCUUCUUGCCCGUGCGGCCGGCGUCGGGCGAAGGUGGCAGCGGCGGCGGCGGUGGCGGUGGCGCGCCCUUGUGACACCCCUACCCCUCCGCCCUGCCCUCCCCAGCAUCCUAUUCCACCCGUUCCUCGCAUCCCUCUUCCGUUCCUACUGAUGGCGCCGCCGCCCGCCAGCCCUCCCCGUUCCCGACGCCGCCGCCGCCAAUGCCCCCACCAACCGACAACGGCGCCCAACGCGAUUCAACCGCAACAGAAGCAGCCGCACGCGUCUGGAGCUAUCAGACGCGUCAGUCGGUUCGCGCUCCCCGACCCUGCCGACUUGUGCAGCAUCAGCCGCAGCAUCAGUCGCAACAGCCACCCACCGCGCAGCUUAAAAGCAACAGAUCCUAAAUCGUAAAUAAAAUAUUUUAUUUCUCUGACUACUGUAUUUUUUUGUAUUCAUCCUUAGGCAUAACGAUAUUUUAUGAAGAAGAAGAUGAAUAAAGUAAACCAUAAAGCAAUGUGUAACAUAAGCAAUAUUUUUUUAAUAUAAGCGCUGUAUAUUUUUGUGCGGACAGUUGACACUACGUGGACGGUUGAGAAGGAUUGAUGCAGUGUAGUUCACAAGAAAACGAGAAAAAAGUUGGAGAGAAUCUAAUCUUUAUUUCAACGGAAAAUUGUAUAAUACAAAACAUGUGAACUGAAAAAUUGUAACAAUGUAAGGCAUAUUUAAUAAAAAAUCUGAACGAACAAAUGUUGUGGACGCACAGAAUGAAACAAAUUCAAAACUUAAUUGCUUAAUUCUCGAACAAAAUAUAUCUAUGCUGGUGCUCAAUGUAUUUCUGCCUUUGUAUUCAUUUCCAAACUCUUUUUCGCAACCCAUUGAAUCACAAUAACGAAUACAUAUAUUAAUAGUAUUAGUUUGACACUUAUUACAAAAUUCAGUAUAGCACUUUCAGAUGUGCCACAAACAAAAAAAAAUAACUCGUAAACCAUUUAAACACAAAAACAGUAUAUCCAAUCAAACUAGUGCAAAAAAUCAUUUCCACAUCGAAAUAAUAUUAUUUCCUUGAUUGUGAUAACAUAUUUUAUCUACAGAAAAACAUUUUAAAUCAUAAAUAUCCGAACCGAAACAUCCAAACUCAUUUACAAACUUAACCGUCAACCUAUUUGUAACUGAAUUCUAUUUCCUAAGGGAACCACGAAUUCCUUCUACGUACGAAGUCAUUAAGCAUGAAAUGAAAUUAGUGCCCAUAACUUUUCGCAGACAUUAAUACGAAACAACAGGUCUUGCAGAAGACAACAAUUCUCAAUGGUCCAGCCUUAACCUAAUGAUACGGCUGGUCAACUUAAUAACGACACACAAUGCAACCGUACUCUAAACAUUUCAUCUGACCAUUCACAUGGUCAUUCAGCAUGUAUUAAAAUUAUUGCUCGCCAGUCUAUACAGCCCUGAAUACGACAAGCGGAUCUUACUGGCAACCUGAUCAUAAACAGCUUUCAGCAGUCCAGUCAAAAUCCCAUUCGCCUGUACAAACAUGAUCAUGAACACCGGAAAACUUUGGAUACCAAUUCAAGUCAGAACAGUCCUAUCAGCAAGCGCUCGCAUUAACGCACCAAUCGCCGAUUCGUCUCCCUCGAGCCACGCCCGCCCGCUCCUUGGCCAGGGCAGGCGAAGGGGGCGGCGGGUGAGCGCGGUCGCCG